GCGCGCACGUUUUUCUAGUAAAAAGUUGAUUUGCACAUAAAUGCGUGAAAAUGGAUAAUAUAAUGUUUAAUAUAUGUACAAAACCGACGCCCAAUGUUGCAAAAAAGGUGGCGGCGCCAAUGCAAAAGCCGCUGCGCAAACAAAAACGUGUAGCGGGUGGUGAAUUCGACUUUCAGUUCAAUGUGGAUAAGCCUAAGAUUAAGGCGCUUGUAGUGCGGCGUCGUGCUCCAGUGUCAAAGGAGCCGCCAGCCAAGUCCAAGGCAACGCCCCAGCCCAAAGUCGCACUUGCGCACGCCAGCGAACCAAAUCUUAAUGGGAGCGCAGCGAAGGAUGAGAAUGGCAACAAGAAACAGCAGCAGGAGCAGCAGUCGAAGGAGGCAUCCAAGGGACAGCCUCACUGCGAUCUGAUGCUCAAUGUGUACACAGCCCACGCUGUAGAUGACAGCAAAAGAAAACAGCAGCACCUGAAGGAGGCUUCCAUAGAACAGCCGUCCACGAUGGCCAAAUCUGGCGCCGGCAUCAGUAAGCAGCAGUUGCGUACAGCUCUUAAGGGUCAGCGGCGUAUGGAGAAUCCCAACAAGUUACCACGCGCUGGCGAUCUGUUCAAGGCACAAUUGGACGAGGAGCGCAGGCUUAAGCGCGCCGCUGAGCAGCCAAUUGUUGAGACAUCCGCUGCAGAGCAGACGCCGCCAGAGACACCAAAUAAUGCCCCACAGGUAGCCAAUAAGUUUCGCACCAAAAAAAUUGGCUUGUUUGAUCAGAGCGAUGUGGCGGCAAUUAAGCAGCUGGGACAGCGUGCGGUCAAGCCCGUUAAGGAGACCAUAUUUGCUGGCACCAAGGUUGAAAGCUUGGGUCUGCAUGCGCACGCGGUUAAGAAUCUGUUGGAUCUGCUGAGCAUAAGCCAAUUGACAACAGUACAGCAGAAGACUAUACCCGAGGUGUUGGCCGGCAAAGAUGUGCUGGUGCGCUCACAGACCGGUUCCGGCAAGACGUUGGCCUAUGCUCUGCCCGUGGUCGAACGUCUGCAGGCGCAGCUGCCACGCAUAAAGCGCACCGAUGGCGUUCUAGCACUUAUCAUAGUUCCCACACGUGAGUUGGCCGUGCAGACGUACGAGCUAUUCCAGAAGCUGGUUAAGCCAUACACAUGGAUUGUGCCCGGCGCUCUGCUCGGCGGUGAGAGCCGCAAGAGCGAGAAGGCGCGCCUGCGUAAGGGCAUUAAUGUGCUGCUGGGUACACCUGGUCGCCUAGUGGAUCAUCUACUACACACAGCCUCUUUUAAGCUCUCCAAGCUGCAGUUUCUCGUGCUGGACGAGGCGGAUCGCCUGCUCGAACUGGGCUACGAGCGCGAUGUUAAGCAGCUUGUGGAGGCCAUUGACAAGCAUCGCGCCGAGGAGCCACAACAACCGCCGGUUGCCUUGCAGCGUCUGCUGCUUAGCGCCACGCUGACCGCCCAGGUGCAGCAGCUGGCCGGUCUGACGCUCAAAGAACCGCUCUACAUAGACAAUAGCGAUGAGGCAGCUGAUGCGGCGCUAAAAGGCACCAAUGGCUAUCAGAAGGAGUCCAUCGAGGCGCUACAGGACGAUGGCCUCGGUGAGUACGUGGAGGAUGUGACAGGCGUGCUGAGCAUACCAGAGAAUCUCCAGCUCAGCUAUGUGGUGGUGCCACCCAAACUGCGCCUGGUCACCAUUUCAGCGCUGCUCGCCAAGGAGCUGGCUGCCAGUCCCAAGCAAUUCAAGGCCAUUGUCUUUAUGAGCACCACGGAAAUGGUAAACUUUCAUCACGAUGUGCUCAACGAGGCGCUCACACGUCGCGUCCUCGACGAGGAUGAUGAGCAAGUGGCCAAAGAGGAGCGAGAGGCUGAUGACGACGAUGCCGAAACGCCCUUGCUCCAGGGGCUGCGAUUCUUCAAACUCAAUGGUUCCAUGACGCAAACGGAACGCCAGGGCGUAUUUCGUGGCUUCCGCGACUGCGCCAGCUGUGUUCUGCUCGCCACCGAUGUCGUUGGCCGCGGCAUCGAUGUGCCCGACAUAAAGCUGGUGGUGCAGUAUACACCACCGCAGACUACCGCUGAUUUUGUGCAUCGUGUGGGUCGCACAGCGCGUGCGGGCCGACGCGGUCGGGCUGUCCUCUUUCUGGCACCCAGCGAGGCGCAGUUUGUUCGCCAUUUGGAGAGCAAGCGAAUUCGCAUUAUGCAGGGCGAUAUGUAUGCCUAUUUGCAGGCCCUAAUGCCGCGGGAUGCGGAGGCGCGCACCGUUCAGGAGGCAGCAUCCAAUUUGCAGCACAAGUUUCAGUCGCUGCUCGAGGAGGAUCGCGAACUGCAUGACAAGUCCUGCAAGGCCUUUGUCUCCUGGAUGAAGUUCUAUUCAACGUUUCCCAAGGAGCUGAAGCCCAUCUUCAAUGUACGCAUCGCGCAUAUGGGCCACUUUGCCAAGAGCUUUGCGUUGAAGGAGGCGCCCAGUAAAUUUGCCAGCAAGCAUGCGGCCCCAAAGGCGGCACCGCCCACCAAUCGGCUGACCUACACAGAGCGCGAUCCCGAGAAGCUUCAGCAGGCGAAGCGCGCCAAGCGACGUCUCUACACCACAACGGUCAGCGGGGAGAGGCGACAGGUGCAGGAUCAGCAGCAGAAGCCAGGGGCCGAUCAUAGAAAGCUAAACGGACAGCGCCAUCUGCCGGAGGGAAGUGGCAGAAACAGCUUCAUGAAGAGCCUCAAAAAGUCGCGCGCCCUCAACAUAUCCGAGUUUGAUAGCGGUCUGCCUGCCAUCGGUGAUCCCAAGCGGCGCAAGCUGGCGUAGUAACUGAUGCCGGGACGAGCA